GAACGCAGCUCAGUUGAGCUGCAGGUUAACCUGCGCGGUAAGAGCCGCGCUGUAUAAACAACUUCACGUGUUUUAAUGUUGUCAAACACACAUUAUGCGAGAUGUCUGGUGCAUGACAGAGACUACUGUGAAGUAGGUCUGUGUGUCAGCGCAGCUCCGUCCGUGUGUUUCCGGGUGGUAUGAGGCUGCUCCGGUACCUGAUCCAUCCAGCAGUAUCAGUCGCUCCAGCCUCCUCCUCCUCCUCCUCCUCCUCCUCCUCCUCCUCAUCCAUCCAUCCAGACACAACAACAACACAUACCGGAGGCCCGGGACACAAACCAGCUAUUGAUUGACCGGCACAGAUCUAUAAUUGAUGUCUUAAAGCCCGCGCAGUGCAGCGGACCGGAGCGGCGGCAGGAGGAGCUACUAUGGCGGCGUCGCUGCUCUCCGAGACCGACAUCAGGUACCGGUCCAUGGCGGAGGAGGAUCCGAACGGGAACGAGCACGGGGCGGCUGCACGCAGCGCGGAGCCUCGCUGGGGACCGCAGCACGCGGGAGCCAGACAGCUGGCCAGGCUCUACUCUCCCGGUAAGCGGCUCCAGGAGUGGGUGUGUGUGAUUCUGUGCCUCUUCCUUUUCAUCAUCAACUUCUCCUUCCUCCUCCUGCACUUCUCCACCGUUCACAUCUUCAAGAUCAUCCUCGGCAUCGUCCUAGGAAUAGUGACGGCAGACUUUGCAUCGGGGAUGGUACACUGGGGGGCGGACACCUGGGGAUCUGUGGACAUCCCUGUUAUUGGCAAGGCAUUUAUUCGUCCAUUCAGGGAGCACCACAUCGAUCCGACCGCCAUCACUCGCCACGACUUCAUUGAAACCAAUGGCGACAACUGUAUGAUCCCCAUCCUCCCACUGGCUCACAUGGCCUACAAGUUCCUCACAUACACACCAGAGGCCUUGGCGGCGUCCUAUCCCUGGGACUGCUACGUCUUCGCCCUGGCGGUUUUCGUUACGCUGACCAAUCAGAUUCAUAAGUGGAGCCACUCCUACUUCGGCCUCCCGCGCUGGGUCACGCUGCUCCAGGACUGGCAUAUGGUGUUGCCACGGAAACAUCACCGCAUCCACCAUGUCUCGCCGCACGAGACAUACUACUGCAUUACUACAGGUUGGUGUAACUAUCCACUGGACCAGCUGGGCUUUUGGAGACGGAUGGAGCAGUUGAUCAAACGACUCACAGGGCAGAGACCGCGAUCAGAUGACCUGGCGUGGGCCAAGAAGACCGACAGAUAAACACACAAACACACAUGCGGAUGGCAGGAUGGACAGAUGGGGUUUGCCGAUCCAAACACAUACAGUAGAAACACGGAUGGAUGGGGAAAAACACCCACACACACACACACAUACACACUUUACUCAUGUCUCUGUGCUUCUUGCUUUUUUGUUAAAGAACAAACUUUCAAAGAAACUGUGUUUGCAAAGAAAAUCAAAGAUGGUUGGAGUGAUGCUACGGAUGCCCUGAAAGGCAAGCUAGUUUUUUUUUUUUGGUGAUCCAUUUUCUAAGUCUGAUCUAAAGUAUUUUCUCUCCUGUGUUUAUGACUUAAGAACAGGUGAAAACAUGUUUUGUCAGGAUAAUCUUUCUAAGUUCCUUUUUUUCUUUUCUUUGCCUCUUAGUGAAAACAGGUGAAAUAUUGUUUAGUGUUUGAAAAAAUCUGCCUAAAAAUGUAUUUUUCUUCCAUCUGUAAUUUAGAUGAGACUUAGACUUAGAAAAUGGAUCACCAGAAAAAAAAAAUUCUUGCAUGCCUUUCAGUGCUUCCGUAGAUUUUCUGUAUAAGCUGGAGUCUAUAACAAGCUUUGACAGUAUGAGGUGAAAACUAGAUCAUAACUCUGCUGUAAUAGCCAAUCAGCUUGUAGUCCUCUUUAACCAAUGAGGUGUGUAGGUGUAGGAGGUUUCUGGAGGUUGGGCUCUCCAGGAGCGACACCGUGCUGCCUGUUGCAGGCAGCUUCUUACACACACACACAAACACAAACAAAACCAAGUCAAAUGUUCAGUCAGUCUCUCCUGAUUUUUUUGUCUGUUUUUUCUAGCCCGUCCUGGAAACAUCACCACCUUCUUUAAAUUCCACAACACAAGAUGGUGAAAAUGUGAAACAUUUAUACAGUUAUAACUCUCCUCUUUUGUGCCUGUGCUUGAUGAUCUCCACAGGUAAGACAAGACUUUGGGAGGAUGAACAUGUAAGAAAAAAAAAAAAAGGUUUGAUAAAAUACAUACUGUAGCUUCAAUUAUAACUUAUAGCACUAAUAUACAUAUGUCAGCAGUCAAGUUGCAGAUGCAGACUUACACAGGUGCAACUACAUCUUGUGCAGACAUUUCUCAUUGAUCUUUUUGUACAGGAAGACGCUCGGGCAGUCAGUCACUAGUUUUUUUUGUAGCUUUAGGAAUCCAGUUCUAUAUGUACAAAAGCUUUUAAAUGAAAAUAUUUACUGCAUAAAAACUAAUCAGUAAAAUCUUUUGAAGGAAACUGUUAUAAGGAGGUUUAAUUAGAAGCUCUCUUUCACUUGAAUCUAGAUGAGUUCAGAAUUUUUUAAGUGAGGAGUUGUCCUCUAAUCCUCACUAAAUAUGAAAGCAACAGUGUGGUCAGAUUUCCAUCUUUCUUGAUAGACAGGGAAGGGACACAGCUGAACUUGGAACAUGUGGUGUAGAAGGUUAAAGCAGGCUCCGUCCAAAGGUAACAAAAUCCAUCUACCAGCUCUUCUAACGCGCGGGACACACUGGAUGCGUGAGCAGUGUGUGACGGCUACCUCGCUGAGCUGCUGCUUCUCUCACGCGUGUGGUGUCCACACCGACAGCAUUGCUGCUGCUACACUGCUACUGCCAGCCGUUUCUUUCUUCAUAAAGUUUUUUUUAUGUUUUAAAACUGAAACAGGAAGUGUUAUAUAAAUAUAUACUUUUUUUAAUGUGUGUGACAUAUUCCACAGAUAUGGAGAUUGAAACUGUAGUAAUGUUGCUGUUAUGGUCAAAAGGUCAUAUUCACUGCCUCUCUAAUUUGGCACGUGGAGAAAAAAUAGGCGAGACCUCAAAUCUCUAGAAGAGACGCAGCCGAGCCGCACCUGAGCCGCGCUGCUCACGCGUGGGCAGUGCGGUUGCUCUAACCUGUUAACAUGGACGCCGAAAUAAAAAGCAAGAGGUUCUGCAACGCACAUGCUCUGUUCAUGCAUCCAGUGUGUCCGGGCGUAAAGCUCCACCAAAUAACAAUUUAGUUUGUUUAAUCUGUACAAAACCAAAGAUUUUGUUUCCUUCUAGCAGAGCCAGGCUAUAGCUGUUUACCCCUGUUUCCAGUCUUUGUGCUAAGCUAACGUAGUCAGCUGCAGGCGGUAGCUUCAUAUUUAACAUACAGUCACGAGAGCGGCAUCAGUCUCCUCACCUAACUCUCAGCAAGAAAGUGAAUACGUUCAUUUCCCAAGAUGUUGGAUUUUAUUUUAUUUAUUUUCUGCAGUGUAUGUCAUCAAGAUGAAAUGGAGAAAGUCUGGCAUGAAGUUUGGUUGAUGUUCAUAUACAGACUUGAGUCUCUUCCCUCCAUUUUAAUAUAAAGAGGUAGAGACAGAAGCAGAACCUUCUUGGCAUCAGUGGCUUCUUCUUGCCGUACUUGUGCAACGCCUGCAGACAGAAAGUUAUCCAGCAGAAGUUCCGUUUCUUGGAGGAUGCUUUCGGCUGCACCAAAGGCUAUAAAACGAGUCCUACAUGUGUAGUUAGCAUUAGCUUUUCACCUCGGCACCGGACGGCUCAGGGCAGGAAGGCUCAGCCUGUUAUUGCCUCCCAAGUCAUGCUCCUUCAUUCUGCAUCACUAGAAUAUUUUAUUCAUCUUUUAUUCAGUUCAGAACAGCCACACCACAUAUUAAAGCACUUCCAUAUCAUUGAAAUUCUUAGGAAAACUUAAAAAAAACAUUUUUGUUAUUUAUUUUCUCAACAGAAAAUUGUUUUGUACUGCAAAUAAACAUUUGCAGUCUUUCACAAAACAGAUUCAAACCAUUUUUUUUUUUUGCUGCGUUCACAUCCCAAAUCCUUUUUUUUAGAAAAGACAAAAGAAAUCUCAUCAGCAGUUCUGCAAGAUGCUAAUUGGUGCCGCCGUCUGCCCCACUGUGCUGCAUAUUUGACUGCAACUGUAAAUACUAAACACACAAUAACAAGAAAUGUGUCGCAAACCUCUAAACCUAAAUCAGAGGGAUUCAUUAAAGAAAUGCAUGGCAACAUUUUACAUUAGUUUGAGUCAGCUGAUGUGAAAGGAAGAGGAAAAAGGGAUUUUUUUUUUAUUGCACUAGAGGAAAAAAAUAUUUUUCUGCAUAAGCUGGUUACCAAGUUGCUUAUAAGAUGCAAAUAAUGUCUCCAGUAUCUCUGAUUUUUGUUUAUGUUUCAUACAAUGACACAUGCACUUUAGUUGGCUGUUAUUAACUGCUUGACUUGCGUAGUUUAUUUCUAGGCUGGAAAUCCCUUCAGUCACAGAAGGUCAAUAAUAACAGCACUUUAUUGUUUCACUGAUUAAAUGUCUGAAAAUGUGUUCUGCAAGCACUCAUUCACUCGUGUGUUUUCUCUGGCUUUAUAAUUUUCUAUUUUUUUAUUAACGGAUCAAGCCUUGUAGAGUUCAAUUUUGACGUUCCAUUUCGCAGCUCAACGCUCGCUGCUCGUCUUUGCCUUAAUGUUUUUAUCUGCUCUUGGAUUUAAAUAAAGAUUUAUGAACUUCA